AUGCGUUUAGAGGGUUUCCACUUGUUCGGAACUUACCGUAUAUGUCAAGAAGAAAACGAGGGAUCACACUCAUCUCCUCACUGGGUCCUGUGCCCACAGCAAAGUAACACAUUGAAGCUGCGAAGAGAUCGUCCGAAGAGGCUCAUAGUUCAGCUCAAGCAGGUUUCCGGUCCACCUCUCACAGUCACGAAAUGUUUCGGGAUGCUGCUGGCAGCUGGUCGAAAUUUACGACAUAGUGACAUGCAAUUACUCGAGCUUGAAAGCAUGGGUCCGGGCGCCAAUCCAUCUGUUUAUGUGAUAAACGCCAUCUGGGAUCCCCGCGUACAUAUAUUUGACGUGUUGAAUACUGAAACGCCCAGAGAUUCACGCGUGUUCCUGACGGUAGCCGCUGAUGUCAUCUUAGCUGAGGCUGGCGAACCGAUUCGAUUUCGAAUCGAAGCAAAAGCAAGAGUAUUUCAUCGCGACGAGCGCUUUUACAAGCUACCACGAGUGGCCGUGCGUGAAGGAUACUCGCUCACGCUUGAGGUUUGCCAACAACGCUUUUUU